AUGUCCAAAGUAGCUGCCUUCUUGAACGACCCGCCCCCGAUAGACGACCUUCCCCGAUUCGAAUCCAUCUUCAAGCAUGGGCAUCAGGACCUUGUACAAGCCGUCGCCUUCAAUGGCCACGGCGACCGGUGCGCGACGGGGUCGGUAGACGGCAAGAUCCGCGUCUUCAACCGCCACAAGGACGGCGUCUGGCGUCACUGCGACAGCUGGGGAGCCCAUGCCGGCGAGAUUCUUGAGCUUCAAUGGCUCCCAACGACAAUCUACCCCAACCUCCUCGCCUCUCUGGGCAUAGAAGGCCGUUUCAAGCUCUGGGCCGAAGAUCCCUCGGCGGCCCCGGGCCGACGCUUCAGUGAAUCCACCCGCAACGGCCCCGUCGUUGCCAUCCCACCUUCGUCCUCGGGCCGCGCCAACCCCACAUCUUCCUCCUCCGCCCUCCCACCGCCGCCGGGUAUUGGCUCUCCGGCCCCGAUCCCGGCCAGCUCCGACGGGACCAUCAAGCCCGCAUUUGAGACGCGCAACCCGCGCAGCCCGUACCGGUCCUUCUCGCUCAAGCACGUCGACGACACCCGGACAACAUACCUGGCGCUCGUGUCGGCCGACGGCGAGCUGCGCGUCUACGAGAACGACCGCGUCGAGAACCUGGCCACCUUCACCCUGCUCGACCAGCUGUCUACUACCACCACCCACGGCAGCGAGCAGCAGCAGCAGCGCGUGGCCGCCCGCGGCGAGGAGACGUCGUUCCGCGUGCGCUUCGACCCCAACCCGGACGUGUGCUACACGGCGCUGCGCGCGGGGGUUCCCGCCGAUGCUCUUGGCUUGGUGGUGGUCGUCAUGGACUCGCUCAAGGUCUACCGCACGCGGGACACGGUGCGCUCAGCCCUCGGCGUCGCCGCCCCGGGCAAGGGGUUCUACCUCGCCGCUGAGAUCCGGCCGGGAGUGCAUAGGGGUUUGAUCAGGGACGUGGCUUGGGCGGCGGGAAAUAUCAGGGGGUAUGACGUCCUCGCGACGGCGUGUCAGGAUGGGUAUGUAAGGGUUUUCAGGCUCGACACCCCGCCGCCGGAGAGGGAAAAUGGUGGUAGUGGUGGUGAUACCGGGGAGGGUGACGUGGAUGAAAAAGACGGGGACGAGAAGAGGGAAGGUAUGGGUGAUGGGAGUACGAGGGGCGCAUGGUCUGCGGCGCGGGUUACGAGGCACGCUACAAGACGCAGAGGGGAUGCUGAGGACAGCGUUGUUGCUCGCGCGUCGGGGAUACGCGCCGGGCUGGACCAGACCAGGAGCGACCCGGAGCGGACAAAUACCGGGUUGCCGGGACAGAUCCGGCAUGUAAUCACCGAGGUGUCGAGGCUGGACAGUCAUCGGACGCCCGUGUGGAGGGUCGGAUUUGAUGACGACGGCCAGAUCCUCGGCAGUGUAGGCGAUGAGGGGAAGCUCAUGUGCUACCGCCAGAAGCCGGAUGGGACGUGGGCCAAGAGCACGGAGAUGUCUAUGGUCAAGAUGAAGAUGGCGGCGCCGUGAGGGGUGCUGGGAGUCAGGUUCAAGAAAACAAGUCGGCACCGCUGGCUUCUGUCUAGACUGCCUCAGUGGUGGUCUGCUGCGAUUCGAAGACGGCAUAACCCCCCACCCUCGCUUUCUGCGUCGCGGGUGGUGGUCAGUCUACAUCUCGAAUCGGCCGGUCCGAAGGGAGCCCGGCCAUGUGGCCAUGAGUAUGCUCCAAUGAAUGCUGGACUAGACUCUCCAGUCGAGACCGCACUCUAGUUGUUGGACUGCAUUCUUAUGGAGAUUGGCAUAA